CUCAUUGUAUUACAACAACUGUAGCACAUACUGCUAAAAGACUGACAAACUCAUUUUAAUAAUAAGAAACAUCAGCAUGUACUCAAGUAAAAGCGAGGGACCGCGCAGAGGAAGAUCUUUUGACUCCAUGAACCUUGGUCUGACAUUGGAAGAGAAGCAACUUAACAAUGAGAUGAACAAAUCUGCUUUUCCAAAGAUUGAGGAAAAUAAAGACAACAAAACCGCGUCUACAGAGAGGGGCCGGGCUGCUCUUGUGUUCUCUUUGAAGAAUGAAGUCGGUGGGCUUGUCAAGGCACUAAAACUUUUCCAGGAAAACCACGUCAACCUUGUGCACAUCGAGUCCAGAAAAUCCAAAAGGCGCAACUCUGAGUUCGAGAUCUUCGUAGACUGCGACAGCAACCGCGAGCAACUGCAUGAGAUCAUUCAGCUGCUGAGGAAACACGUGAAUGUGCUCGAAAUGGAGGCACCUGACAACCGUCUGCCUGAAGAAAGCGAGAUGGAGAAUGUGCCGUGGUUCCCGAAGAAGAUUUCAGAUCUGGAUAAAUGUGCGAACCGUGUGCUGAUGUAUGGAUCUGAUUUGGAUGCGGAUCAUCCAGGAUUCAAGGACAAUGUCUAUCGCAAAAGGAGAAAAUAUUUCGCAGACUUGGCUAUGAGCUACAAACAUGGAGAUCCCAUUCCCCGUAUAGAGUUUACAGAGGAAGAGGUGAAAACAUGGGGAGUGGUGUUCAGGGAGCUGAAUAAACUCUACCCCUCGCAUGCCUGCCGAGAGUACCUGAAGAACCUGCCCUUGCUCACCAAACACUGUGACGUCCGCGAGGACAACAUCCCACAGCUGGAGGACGUCUCGCGCUUCCUUAAAGAGCGCACCGGCUUCACCAUCAGGCCUGUGGCUGGGUAUCUCUCCCCACGAGACUUCCUGGCAGGUCUGGCCUUCCGUGUGUUUCACUGCACUCAGUAUGUCCGACACAGCUCAGACCCCCUCUACACACCUGAGCCAGACACAUGUCAUGAGCUGCUUGGACACGUCCCUCUCUUGGCCGAGCCCAGCUUUGCUCAGUUCAGUCAGGAGAUUGGUCUCGCGUCACUGGGAGCGUCGGAUGACUCUAUACAGAAACUCGCCACUUGUUAUUUCUUCACUGUGGAGUUCGGCCUCUGUAAGCAGGAAGGGAAACUGAGAGCUUAUGGGGCCGGUCUGCUGUCCUCCAUCAGUGAGCUGAAGCAUGCAUUGUCAGGAAAUGCCAGGAUCUUGCCCUUUGACCCCAAUGUGACAUGCAAACAGGAGUGCAUCAUCACCACAUUUCAGGAUAUCUACUUUGUUUCGGACACCUUUGAGGAAGCAAAAGUCAAAAUGAGGGAGUUUGCAAAGACCAUCAAGAGGCCAUUCUCGGUGCGCUACAACCCGUACACACAGAGCGUAGAUGUUCUGAAGGACACAACCAGCAUCAACAACAUGGUAGAAGAACUAAGACAUGAGUUGGACAUCAUUGGAGAUGCACUAAGCAGGCUAAACAAACAGCUAGGAGUUUGAAAAGCUAAAAAAAAAAAAUUCCCAGCAAAUCAUCAAUGUACUUUAUCACCAGUGCACUUGUUUUGUCACAGUACUUCACUUUCCAAAUCGUAUAUGGCAUCAAUACAAUAUGUCAUGCUGUAUGUACCCACCAAACCAAGUCCAAUCCUUGUGUCUGUUUAUAUUAUUAGUUUGACUCUUGUUUGAUUAAAUACAUGGUUCAACAAAAGCUGUGCUAAAUGCUUGCAAGUGGAGUUCUUGUAUUUUAUGUGAGAUUUCUACUUGAUAAGGUGGUAUUUAUGCAAGGUGAAUGUUUUUGGCGAAAAUCAGGCUAGGUAUGUGUGUGUUAG